CGCGUGUCAAACAUCAGUAGCACAAAUGCGAUAAAAGACAAUGGCGAUAAUGACCAAUACAAAAGUGACAGUUACCUCGGGUAUUACGCACACCAUUGCAACUGCUCGGAGUGUUUUUUUUUUUUCAGCUGCAAAGCGUAGUCCGGGACGGGAUAGUCCUGCCGUAAAAACGAAUUAGACAUUUAACAUAGACUCUAAUGUUAACCUAAUCAAAAUUUGUUUUUUUUUUUUCGUCAAUGUGGUUCAAAACGUGUAAAAGUAAACAAUACAAAGCAUAUAAUAGUUGAAAAGUAACCAGUAGCUCUCAAAUUAAAGUUUAAUACAAACUCCUAAGAUAUCAAAUUCGCGAUGUCUAAAUCGCUUGUAAGAAAAGCCCUGGCGUUAGCAGAGGAGGGUUUGGAAUGUUCGAGUAAUAAGAAAACCACAAAACAAUCAACUGCUGUAAAAGAUACCUCAGAUUUAAUGCCGCAACAUCACAAGUCAGUAAGGCACGUCGGCAAAAAGGGUUCAAAAGUACCGAAGGAUGUGUUGAAAAAACGUAUAGGAAAGUUAACAGUAGUCGAAGCCCGUAAACAACUACAAAAUCGGACAGACAACACCGAUGAUAACAUUAGAAAAUUGCUGCUCUUAAGUUCGGCAAAUAUUGGACGACAGGGAAAUGCCAAGCUUGUCAAGCGUGCACAGACUGGCCGAUAUGUGGUCAAAGCGAAGGAAAUUGUACCAAAACAAAAAGCGGAAAAAAGUGUUUUUAGUGAAGAAGAUUUCCGUAAAUUCGAAGAAGAGUUGCAACAGUUAGGAUAAACGUUAUUUUAUACAUGAUAAAUUUA